AUGCAAUUGCUUCGGAUGAAUUUUCUGAUAUACACCGUGGGUGGUGUGUGGCGGCCCAUCAGGUGGUCGUCGAGCUUCGCUAAGUUGCUGUAUAGCGCAUUCACCUUCUGCACGAUAGUCCCGUUGUACUUCCUGGUGCUGACCCAAUUCAUGGACCUCGUUCUCGUAGUCGAUAACAUGGACGAUUUUACCACUAAUUCCCUAAUGUUUGUGACCAUCAUUGCUGUUUGUUGCAAAGCCACGAUCGCGGUGAUACGUCGAGAUAGGAUCAUCGGUCUGGUGCAAACGUUGUCGCGAGAGCCGUGCAAGCCGCAAGACGUGGAUGAAUCAGCAAUACAAUCGAAAUUCGACAAGUUCAUCAGGUCGUGUUCGAUAAAGUAUUCGCUUUUGGCGACCAGCUCCAUCACAGGUCUCACCAUCAGAUCGGUGCUGAACGUUAUGCAGGGUAUCUUGCCUUACAGAGUAUGGCUGCCGUAUGACUCAAAUAUAUCCUUGACGUUCUGGAUCACGUCCAUUCAACAGAUCGUGUCCUUGAUUUUCGCCACUAUCAUCAAUGUCGGCACGGAAACAUUGGUCUUAGGCCUGUUCCUCCAAACGUGUGCGCAACUAGAGAUCUUCGAGAGGCGUCUUCACAAAUUGGUGAUCAGCAGGACAGCGAGUCGGAAGUGUUUCUCCGUCGAUUCUGCGAGUUACAAAGAAGAAACAAUUUCGAGAUACAUACGUCAUCAUCUCAGUAUUUACAAGUAUGCCAAAACGGUAAACAACGUGUUCAACCAGGUACUCUUCAUUCAAUUCUUCGGCAGUAUAUUAACAUUGUGUACGACUGUAUAUUAUUUGUCGUCUCAUAUUAUGGAAUCCGAAGUUGCGACUCUGUUAAUAUACACUAUUUGCAUGUUCGUACAAAUUUUUGUCUAUUGCUGGUCGGGAAACGAGGUCUUAUUUAAGAGCGUGAGCAUAGGAGAUGCCGUGUAUCAUACGGAUUGGCCUUUACUAACGAUCAGCGAGAAGAAAGAUCUGCUGAUGAUUAUGAAGCGUAGUACAGUCCCCAUCAAAUUUACCAGUAGUUUUCUCAUAACUCUAUCCCUACAGUCUUACAGUAACGUUAGUAUUAUUAUAAUAUACAGGCCGUUCGUAAUUACGAGAAUGCAAAUACUCCGGUUGAAUUUUUUGAUAUGGGUCGUAGGUGGUGUUUGGCGACCCCUCUCGUGGUCGUCGAACAUCGCAAAGUUUUUGUACAACCUGUUCACCUUCUGCACAAUCGUACCGUUAUACUUUCUGAUGCUGACCCAACUCAUGGAUAUCGUUCUUAUCGUCGACAAUAUGGACGACUUCACCACCAAUUCUCUCAUGUUGAUGACUAUCGUCGCCGUUUGUUGCAAAGCGACGAUCGCUGUGUUGCGUCGGAACGGGAUCAUCAGCCUAGUACAGAUGCUGCUGUCGGACCCGUGCCGGCCUCGAGAUGAGGAUGAAUUUGCAAUACAAGCGAAAUUUAACAAGUUCAUCAGGUCAUGGUCGAUAAAAUAUUCGCUUUUAGCGACGAGUUCCGUCACGGGUGUUACGGUGAAAUCAGUGCUGAACAUCAUGCAAGGUAUCUUGCCGUACAGAGUAUGGCUGCCAUACGAUCCGAGCGUAUCUCUGCUGUUCUGGAUCACGUCUGUCCUGCAGAUUGUAUCCGUGAUCUUCACCACGAUCAUAAACGUGGGCACGGAGACCUUGGUGUUCGGCUUCUUCCUGCAAACGUGCGCCCAGUUCGAAAUACUCGAACGUCGUCUUCAGAAAUCGGUGAUCAGUAAGACUAAGCCACUGGCCAAGUUACCGCUGUACAAGGCGAAUACUAUGAUAUCAGAGCAUAUACACCAUCACCUCCGAAUUUUCAAAUACGCAAAAACAGUGAACAGCAUAUUCAAUCAGAUUCUCUUUGUCCAGUUCUUCAGUAGUAUAUUGAUACUGUGUACGAGCGUGUAUUAUCUAUCGUCGCAUAUCACAGAAUCCGAAUCGGCGACUUUAGUGGUGUACACCAUUUGCAUGUUCGUGCAAAUCUACGUCUAUUGUUGGUCCGGCAAUGAAGUCAUACUCAAGAGUGCGAGCAUAGGAGACGCGGUGUAUCAAACGGACUGGCCGUCGCUGUCGGUCAGCGAGAAGAAAGAUCUGCUGAUGAUCAUGAAACGCAGCACGAUGCCUAUCAAGUUCACCAGCAGUUUCCUCAUAACUUUGUCCCUCCAAUCUUACAGCAACAUCUUGAAAACAUCGUACUCGACGUACAACGUGCUGCAACGGUCAUGA